AUGUCACAACGAAUCCUGUCGUCGAACAACGUUCAACAUGCUGAUAAUGAUAAGAUCAACUGCUAUGAUUACAUCAUUGAUCAAUGCAGUAUAUAUACUGAACGUAUUGGAAUAGUGAUGAAAAAAAUACUAUGCGAAUCAUGGCCACUUCUAUCAAAGCAAUCUACUCAAAAGAGAAACAAAGAAAAAUCGUCAAAUCCUCGUAGUUGUGAAACAUUAUCUACGAUCGAUGUAAUAUCGCUUUUUCAGCCGAAUACACUCUGUCAACAAUCGUUUACUGUAUCGUCAACACUUGUUAGUCCAUUACCCAUAUCAUCGAAACCACAAGCUCCGAGACAACUAUUGAAAAGUUUGAUACCUACAGUCGAUAACAACAUGCCUUUAGCACAAAAUUACAAAGAUGAUGUGUCUCUUUUGGAAUCUGAGGCAGCAUUCACAAACGUAACAAUGGGACAUGCUAAUGUCGGCCUCGGUACACGUCAAGGAACUAAUUCAAAGCCUAAUCAGGCCAAUGAUCGUUCAUCCACUGUGACUAUGGCAACAACGGUUAGUUCAAAUGACAAUCUGCUAGCAGACGAUGAUCUGCCUGAAAUUGUACCAACGAAAUCUACGUUCACUACCAGUUCUGAAAUGGUAACUAGAAUGAGAAAUCACUGA